AUGUUGCAAAGCUGGCACCAAGCCCUCUGGGCCCUUCUUAUGCUCGUUUCUGUCGCCCAGGCUCAGUUCAACUUCUUUGAGCAAAUGUUCGGAGGCGGCGAGCAGCAACAACGUCAACAGCAGCGAUCGCAAAACUCGCCCAGCGACAGCAGCCGAUACCAGCAAAUGUGGAGUGGAGCUCAAUGCGACAACUAUCUCUGUCCCGGAACUCUUGCAUGUGUACACUUCCCACACCACUGCCCAUGCCCCCAUCCAGACGUGGAGGAGAAGGUCGAACUUGGCGAAGGAAGUGCCAUUUGUGUGUCGAAGGGAGGAUACAAGGCAGGGGAAUCUGCGCGCAAAAUUGAGCUGGCUCGCAAGGGUCUCCUUUGA